UUCACUGACGUUGAUCUGCACUGUGCCUUACUAAGCUAGGGAGCUUUAUUCAGUUCAUAGACUUAUAUUAAAGUUUGUCUUAUUUGAAAAUCUGCAGAGAUAACCAUGCUGCAGAAUACAGGAAAAUUAGCAGGAUGCACUAUGUUCAUCACAGGAGCGAGUCGGGGCAUUGGAAAAGCAAUUGCCCUCAAAGCUGCCAAAGACGGUGCAAAUGUAGUUAUAGCAGCCAAAACUGCGGAAGCCCACCCCAAACUGCCUGGUACCAUUUACACAGCUGCUGAAGAAAUCGAAGCAGCGGGAGGAAAGGCCCUGCCUUGUAUAGUUGACGUACGAGAUGAGAAACAGAUUAAUGAUGCAGUGGAGCAGGCAGUGCAAAAGUUUGGGGGGAUCGACAUUUUGGUAAACAAUGCUAGCGCCAUCAACUUGACAGGGACUUUGGAGACGCCCAUGAAAAAGGUGGACCUUAUGCUGGGCAUCAACCUCAGAGGAACAUACCUGACGUCGAAACUGUGCCUUCCACAUCUCCUGAAGAGUAAAAAUCCUCAUAUCCUGAACAUAAGCCCACCUCUCAAUCUAAAACCCAUCUGGUUCAAAAAUCACACUGCAUACACCAUGGCUAAGUAUGGGAUGUCUAUGUGUGUACUUGGAAUGGCAGAGGAAUUCAGAGGAUCUGUCGCAGUGAAUGCUCUUUGGCCCAAGACAGCAAUCCAGACAGCUGCUAUGGAUAUGCUUGGAGGUUCUGGAGUGGGUAAACAGUGCAGGAAGGUGGAAAUCAUGGCUGAUGCUGCUUAUGCCAUCUUCAACAAACCCCUCGGCUACACUGGACACUUUGCCAUUGACGAGGACAUCCUCAAAAAGGAGGGGAUUCAAGACUUCGACAUAUAUGCAGUCGAACCAGGGCACCCAUUGCUUCCUGACUUCUUCUUGGAUGAUGAGCCUGAGGAGCUUGUGAAGAAAAUGGAGGAUCAUGGUGCCAACCCCAUUUUCAAGAGUGGUAAAACUUCGGAAUCCUCAUCCAGUGGACCCAUUGCCGAAACAUUCAAUGUGAUUAAAGGGAUCCUCAGCCCAGAUAUUGUCAAAAGUACUCAGGGAGUCUACAAGUUUGAUUUGUCAGGUGAGCAUUCUGGAGUGUGGUACAUUGACUUGAAGAAUGAUGCAGGCAGUGCAGGCAUGGGUGAGCCUCCAGUCAAAGCUGAUGUUGUCAUGAGCAUGGAUAGUGGAGACUUCAUCAAAAUGUUCGCAGGCAAAUUGAAGCCAACCAUGGCAUUCAUGUCUGGAAAGCUGAAGAUCAAAGGAGAUAUGACCCUUGCCAUAAAAAUGGAGAAGAUGAUGUCCAUGAUGAAAAAGUCCAAGCUGUAAAUAACAUGAGCUGCCUUAAUGUUUUUUUCCCUUGAAAUAUGUGUGAUGAUUUUUUGUAAACCACAAUUUAUAAUAAAGUAGUUCCAGCUGCUACUAAUUUUCACCUCAA